AUGUUGAGACAAGGUAUUGCUGCUCAAAAAAAGUCCUUCGCUACCCUAGCAGCUGAACAAUUGUUGCCAAAGAAGUACGGUGGUCGCUACACUGUAACUUUGAUUCCAGGUGAUGGUGUUGGUAAGGAAGUGACCGACUCAGUAGUCAAGAUCUUCGAAAACGAAAAUAUUCCAAUCGACUGGGAAACUAUCGACAUUUCUGGUCUAGAAAACACUGAAAAUGUACAAAGAGCUGUCGAAUCUUUAAAGAGAAACAAGGUUGGUUUGAAAGGUAUCUGGCACACUCCAGCCGACCAAACCGGUCAUGGCUCAUUGAACGUUGCUUUGAGAAAGCAACUGGAUAUUUUCGCCAAUGUCGCCUUGUUCAAAUCAAUUCCAGGUGUCAAGACUAGAUUGAAUAACAUCGACAUGGUUAUCAUCAGAGAAAACACUGAAGGUGAAUACUCUGGUUUAGAACACGAAUCUGUUCCAGGUGUCGUUGAAUCUUUGAAGAUCAUGACCAGGGCUAAGUCAGAAAGAAUUGCUAGAUUCGCCUUUGAUUUCGCCUUGAAAAACAACAGAAAGUCGGUCUGCGCUGUUCACAAAGCUAACAUCAUGAAAUUGGGUGAUGGUUUGUUCAGAAACACCGUUAAUGAAAUUGGUGCUAACGAAUACCCAGAACUCGAUGUCAAGAACAUCAUCGUUGACAACGCUUCCAUGCAAGCUGUUGCCAAGCCACAUCAAUUCGAUGUUUUGGUGACACCAAACUUGUACGGUUCUAUCUUGGGUAACAUUGGUUCUGCUUUGAUCGGUGGUCCCGGUCUAGUCCCAGGUGCUAACUUCGGUAGAGAAUACGCUGUCUUUGAACCAGGUUCCAGACAUGUUGGUUUGGACAUCAAGGGUCAAAACGUUGCUAACCCAACUGCUAUGAUCUUGUCCUCUACUCUAAUGUUGAGACAUCUAGGUUUGAACGCUUACGCUGAUAGAAUUUCCAAAGCUACAUAUGAUGUCAUUUCUGAAGGUAAGUCAACAACAAGAGACAUCGGUGGUUCAGCCUCCACUUCUGAGUUCACCAACGCUGUUAUCGAGAAGUUAGCCAAGUUAUGA